AAAUGGAGUAACCCAUGCAUUCGUCAAAUUAUUGACAAGCUUGUCAACUUGCGCGCACUGAUUUUUUCCCUUCACAUUCCAAAUGGUAUAGCCUAUAGAAAGUGAGUCCCUGAAUCGAUGUGCACCACAUCUCAACUCAACCCAUUCGUUCGAGGAGGAAACGCUAGAACUGGUGGGAAAUAUCGGCGUGGCAUCUAAACCCAGGUUUUAUUUUCGUGUCACGUUGAACCCUAUUUAGCAACACCCCAUAGAAGUCAUGGAAGGAGUCAGCAGCAACAGGAACAUGUCAUACAGUCGAUGGAGUUAUGACAGUACCUUGGACGAUGAGGGCAGCAACCUCCGCCAACAGAAGCUAGACAGACAGCGAGCUCUCCUAGAGCAGAAGCAGAAGAAGAAGAGACAGGAGCCUCUGAUGGUGCAGUCCAACGUGGACGGGCGGUCUCGUGCCCGCAGGACCAAGCAGUGUGAGGAGCAGGCUCCCCUGGUAGAGUCUUACCUCAGCAGCAACAGGAGCACCAUCUACCACGUACCCUUCUGUUUAGUCUCUUACUUCAUUUUUAUCUUCAUCAUUUCCCCCCACCUGCCUGCUAACUCCUUCUGUCCGCUGGCUCCUGCCGUGCCGUACGUAGUGCAAGAAGCUGAACACGAGGAGGUGAAGGUGGUAGCGGACAACCAGGCUCCUCGCUCAGCCAAAAAGGGCAAGGCAUCGACCAGCUCCACCCCGCAGACAGGCAGCGGCAAGAAGGAGAGGAAGGGGAAGCACAAAGGACUCGAUGGGCCGGCGUCCUUCCAGGAAGAGGGCCAGAUCCAGAUCAUGACGGUGGGUCACUGGGCCGUGGAGGAGGGGAGUGAGGGAGAUGCUGUGAUCAGUGCUCAGCCACAGGGCAAGCAGGACCUGAGGGUCACCAUGCUUAAGAAAGGUAUUUCUAGUAGUAUGAACUUUGACGAAGAGGAGGAUGACGAGGAUGAAGUCAGUUCCAGUUCCUCUCAGCUCAACACUAACACACGGCCAGGCUCUGCCACCAGCAAGAAGUCCUGCAAGGAGGCAGCCUCAGCGUCCACCCCUCCCGUCAGUGAGCCGGCCAUCGACGUGGACGACCUGGAAGAGUUCACCCUGAGACCAGCGCCUCAGGGGAUCACGGUGAAGUGCAGGAUCACCAGAGACAAGAAGGGCAUGGACCGAGGCAUGUACCCUACCUACUACCUCCACCUGGAGAGGGAGGAUGGGAAGAAGGUGUUCCUGUUAGCUGGAAGGAAGAGAAAGAAGAGCAAAACAUCUAAUUACCUCAUCUCCAUCGAUCCCACUGAUCUGUCUCGAGGGGGGGAGAGUUUCAUCGGGAAGCUGCGGUCCAACCUCAUGGGAACCAAGUUUACAGUGUAUGACAGUGGACAGAACCCUGGGAAGACAACCUCCAGCCUAGAGGCUACUAACCUGCGGCAGGAGCUGGCAGCUGUCUGCUAUGAAACCAAUGUUUUAGGGUUCAAAGGACCUCGUAAAAUGAGUGUCAUCAUUCCUGGAAUGAACAUGGACCAUGUGAGAGUCGCCAUCUGCCCACGGAAUGACCAUGAGUCUUUACUGGCGCGGUGGCAGAACAAGAGCACAGAGAGCGUGAUCGAGCUUCACAACAAGACCCCCGUGUGGAACGACGACACUCAGUCCUACGUUCUCAACUUCCACGGCAGAGUCACUCAGGCCUCAGUCAAGAAUUUCCAGAUCAUCCACGACAAUGACCCGGACUACAUUGUGAUGCAGUUUGGGCGGGUUGCGGAGGAUGUAUUCACCAUGGACUAUAACUACCCUAUGUGUGCCCUCCAAGCCUUCGCCAUUGCUCUCUCCAGCUUUGACAGCAAGCUGGCCUGUGAGUAGCAGCCACCCUCAGUCCUUUCCCUCCUGAGAAGCUACCUGCUCCAAACUGAAGGCCUACUCAUGGGCCUCCAUUAGUACAUCAGUCCCCUCACCAAGGGCUGCAGUUAAUCCCGGGUCACCAUUGGGGCCAAACACUGUCCAAGAAUCCCCCCUGGAAUUUGCUUAAGCCGAGGAUGGUGUGGAGGCACAAACUGUCUGCAAGAGUGUCUGUGAGUGUGUGUAUGUGUUCUGGUGCUCCUUAGGAACCCUUCCACUCUCUAUUCAGGAUAAGGAUAUGCCAAUCAGUGAACAGGACAAGCACAAAGACUAAUCAACUCUUGAUUUUAAUAGAUCAUGUUUUAAAUUAAAUAUGUAACAAUGAAUUCUGUUACUUUAUGUAGCCGUUGUGGAAUUCUAACAUUUCUUUAACCAUUAAUGACUUUUCAAUGAAUUUAACAUUUAUUGCAACAACAAAAAAACGAACAACUGUUCAUCUUCAUGUUGAAUUGGUUGAAGGAGUUUCAUCAUAGUAAUUAACCCCCACAUGCCACCUUUAACUUAUUCAAUAUUGGACUGGAAACCAUUAGGUUACAAAUUAGGACCGAUUCAAGAUUGAAAACAUAAUUCAAGAUAAAGCUCCUAACAAAUAACACUUUAACCUCAUAACUGUCACUAAUAUGACUCAUUUGAACAUCACAUAACAUUCACAUCCAUGUAUGUGUUUAUAUUGUUAUUUAUGUAUUUAUACAUAUCAUGACACAGGUAACUGCCAAAAUAAAGGAAACACCAACAGAAAGUGGCUUAAUAAAGGGUUGGGUCACCACGAGCCAGAACAGCUUCAAAUCACAUUGGUAUAGAUUCCUGUCUGGAACUCUAUUGGAGGGAUGCGAUACCAUUCUUCCACAAUAAAUUCCAUCAUUGGGUGUUUUGUUGAUGGUGGUGGAAAACGCUGUCUCAGGUGCCGCUCCAGAAUCUCCUAUAAGUUUACAAUUUGAUUAAGAUCUGGUGACUGAGACACACACCCCUUUAAACCCCCUAUACUUCUUUGAGACCCCUCUGAGUUCUAUUCUUCUAGCCAUGGUAGCCAAAAUAAUAGGUAACUGGGCAUUUUUAUACAUGACCGGAUGAUGGGAUUAAAUAACUGAGGAACCACACCUGUGUGGAAGCACCUGCUUUCAUAAUACUUUGUAUCCCUAAUUUACUCAAGUGGUUUCUUUUAUUCUGGCAGUUACCUGUAUCUUGUUCUUAAGUGUGUCCAUAUCCUUAGUUUACACUCAUUGAAUCUUUGUUUUUGAGCCUGAAGCAUACAUGAUUGAAGGGAAUAUCUGUCAUAGUUAGUCAAUUGGACAUGAACAGACCAGGUCAGCGAAGGGCAUGACACACAGUCCGUGCAUCUUGUAAAACAUCAUAUCACACUAUCAAGUAUGAGAAUGUAUAGGAUGGUGCACUUUAACGCCGUUUACAGUGUAUGUGAAAUAGCUGUACAUAUUGUGCCUUUGGAGACAAAAUCCAAUUUUAUGCUUUAACUUGAUCAGAUGUUCUCUCUCUGAGACGGGACUUUGUAAUGCACCUGUCUGAGCCUGGGUUUCUUUGUUCUGCCUGCUCCCUCUCCACCCUCUACUAGAAACACACUUAUUGAGGUGACGGGAUUUGUUCCCUUUUCUGUUUGGUUAUAUUAUUUUCAGAUGAUGAAGUCACUAAAGUCAGGUGUUUUUAUAUGCCCCUACUGUAAAUUCUCAACUCCCUGAAUAAAAUAUGAUUUACUAAUUUGUCCCCAGGAAUCUUAACAAAUUAGAUUCAGUAAAUAUAACGUACAGAAUCGGUUAUUGGCACCAGGCACAAGACCAUGGGCAUUGUGGUUUGCAGAUGCACUCAUAUCUUCAUCUGACAUUAUCAGAUGAACUGAUAACAUCCAUCUGAUAAUGUGAAUCAUUUCACACGUUAUCAGAGACCAAACCACUCAGAUAUGGCAAGGAUAGUAGCAGGCCUGUGUGUAUUAACACACGUACUAAUAUGUCAUGUUAUCCUAUAUUGAUAUCAUUCUCUAUGAAUCUGGCAUACCAGAGGAUUUUAUUCUCUAUAUUUUAGUGAGUCAAUAAAUAUCUUUACCCUACUUUUAAAUAUAUAUAUUUUUUUCUGACUUUAUUGAACAGAUAGAAAGAGAGGAUGACAGUGGGGAAAGAUAGAGAGGUUGUGUCAAAGGGCAGUAGACUGGAUUCAAACCUAUGCUGAUAAUGUAGAAAUGUGCUAGAGCCUGCGACAUUACCAUUAGACCACCUGUUCACUCUCCACACUUGUUGAAAAUAUAUGAAACUAUUUUAUAUUUUAUGGAUAUUAAGUGGAAAAUGAAGACCAAAUGAAAGCAGACAGCAAAGAACAAUCUCUGACGAGGCAGCUCACUGCUAUUGUAAGUUAUGAAAAAGGGUCUACUUUAAUCAACCAUGAUAUUCCUGUUUCUUAGUAAUGUGUUCCAACUCUUCUGAAUUUUUAGGCAAACUGUUGAGAUCCUUGCAGAAAAAAAUACUGUGCUUUUCAUAACAAGUUUCUUUGUGUCCAAGAAACAAGGCCCUUUCAUUCUAUGAGUGUGUUUAGUACUGUUUCACUGUAAUGUAAAAUGUGUACAUUGUUCAAUAUACAGUGUUUGUAAACACACAGUUC